AAACAGACGUUGGGCCAACGUCAAUAUGGGUUGGUUACGUUGGCCCAACCUAUCGGACAGAAAUACACCGUUGGGCCAACGUUGAUAUGGUCAGCGGCAAGGGCCCCCACAUAUAUGCAGCAUUUCAUGUUUAUUCUUCCCAGUAAACAUGGGGAAAAGAGUGUCUAGCUCCUUUUUAUGACGUUGUUUCCAAGCAAUAAAAUGCAUCAAAUGUGAAAUCAGAACAAUGUAUUUAUUAAAGAUUACAAAGAAAUGACAGGACAUCGUAUUACAAGAGACGGUUACAUAAAAUAAAAACAGUAAAAAUCGCUCUUCAUCUCGGUGAUGGACAGAUGUUGCGCUAGUGCGCUUGGCCUCGCGCAGCAGAGAGCGCUCAGGCCGCGCGCGCACUAGAAGAGCUGAUGCGCGAGCUCAUUCAAGAGAACAGUGAGCGCGUGAUUUAGAAUUAUCGUUAUUUUCCGUUAUCUUUUAACCGUUGGCCUUCUUCUAGACUUCACUGCAGCCGUUAACUCAGCCAGUCCAAGAUGUAUUCUAUAGUUGUUUUUACUGAAAAGAAUGAGACAGAGGUGAUACCAAGUGACUGGCUGAGCAUCGACAAAAAAAUUUCCUUUUGGCCCCCAUAUAAUAGUACAAAAUGUAGAAAAGCGGUUGAAAAAAAUGAAACUCCUGAUGAAGAAUGGAACGAAUAUAUAACUGAAUGGGUGGCUGAGUAUGAUUCCUAUGAAAAAGCCAGAAGAAAGCUGGUGAAGUUUUGUAAAGGCAACAGUUUGGAGUCUACAGAUGAGGACAGUGUACGGAAAAGAGUACCAUCAUCAAAAUAUGUAAAUGGAUUUACAUCAGGAAGACCUCCAGUGCAGGCCUCAACAAGCUGGCUCCACACAGAGACAAUGGAAAGACCAAAAAAAAAAAACUUCUGCAGUAAUGGAGCCAAAAGACUGAAAUUGCCAGCCAUACCACCAUUUGCACCAUCAGCACCUGCUAUGACAGUCCCUGAACCAAGACAAGAUGAAAGAGAACUCCGGCUCUACCAGAUGCUGGAAGAGAUAAAGGGUCAAGUCAGGCAGAAUACGCUCCUCCUUCAGGCCAUUAUGCGAAGAGAGAAUGCAGCUGAAGUUGUAAAUGAGGAGUUUCAGUUUCCAUUAAGGAGCAUGACAGGCAUAAAAGAUCUGGAGGAUAGGCUGUCAAACAGAGACACACAACGUUCUUUAACAAGAUAUCUUACCAGCUUGGGUGGAACAUCUGCCAAAGACAUUGUCCACAGAAUCAUGAGGGAAAUAAUAACCAAUGAGUUGGCCAACAAUUUUAAUUGGCAAGGGAGAGGACAGAAGAGCCCAUUUUCUACACUCUUGCUAGCAAAAGUUGUUAUAGAUGCAGCCAAAAAACAAGGAGCAAAAGUGGUGGAAGCCGAGGAAAAAAUAAAAACCUGGCUGAAGUAUAGUGGAGACCGAAAUGGAGGAAGAAAAAAAAGAGCGACAGAAAAAGAAAAGCAGAAGCCUCAAGCAGAUUCCAGCAGCUGUGAAAGUGAAUGAGUAUGCUGCUACUUCUCCUCCGCUCCGUCUAAAUCAUCAGAGCCACACACAAUCUCUAAUUUGCUUCAAAAAACUCUGCAGAAUCCGGAAGAGAGUCUGCACAUUUUCUCAUUAAACUGCAAUAAGUUAAUUUUGUUACCAAUAAAUUCAUUUUUAUAACCAA